AUGGGGCUGCUGUCAUGGGACUCAGGAGAGCACCAGGUCGAUCUGGAGAAGGAGCUGGCCACCCUCACGGCGCAGGCACCCGAGGGGGAGGAAGCACGAUAUGGCGAGCGCCUUAUCCAGUUCGCUUCAGAGAACCUGGUGACGGAGAUCCUGAUUCACCCACAGAUGAAUACGCUGAUGCAAUGCAUGCGCAAUCUGCUCAGCUCCUUCACGAGGCACAGACACCUCGUGCACGCCGGAUAUACAUUCGCCGGAAACGGCUCAUGGAUUAUGCAAGAUGGGACCUUUUCCCUCGCGGACUUUACAGAUGCUUACCAGGAGAAUGAAGUUCAGCGCGUGAUUCGUGCUUACGAGAACUCAAUCUCCAUCGACGUUCACUGUUCUACCAGUGGCGGGGGUGACUGGGCCAAGCUCCCAGACAUGCCCUUCGUCAAGUACUGCAAGAUUAGGGUCAACCCUACAGAUAUUUUGGACUCUGGCUCUCAAGCCAUCAAGGACUUUAUUGCAUACCUGGAACCAUACGUGGUGCCAGCUAGCUUGGACCAGCUGUUAGUACCAAGCGAAGUGGUGGGCAACAUACGCUUCACCCACCCGACUCUGUACGUGUUCCCUGGAGGACAAGGCGACGCAGCUCUCUUCGGGAUUAACGGAUUUAAUAUGCUUGUUGACGGCGGUUUCUCCCGCAAAGCCUGCUGGUGGGAUUUCGCCCGUCACUUGGACAGACUUGAUGCAGUCCUGUUCACCAGGCUGAACAACUGCUCAGUCUCCGGCAUGGCGUCGGUCUUGCGCAGGAAGGCUAGCGCCACCGUAUACCCACAGAUUGGACAUUUCUUCUGUAACUUAGAGGAACGCCGUAUGCUCGCGAGUCCAGAUGGUGAUAAGGAUUCUGAUCCUUUACUGGUCUCCCUAAUCCAGGAGGGAUCAGAUAUGAUGGCAGAUUUGCGCCAUAUUAACCUAAAGCCACAACAUUGUUACCGUAAUCCAGAGCCCAUCAACUUGUAUCACAAAGUUGGACAUGGUACCCUAGACAUGUACGUACUAAAUCCGUCCAAGGAUUCUAAAUACGUUCGUGAAUUUCUCAAGAGGUGGCACAACAGUGAACAGAAACUUUUCGAAGGCGCCAGUGUAUCGGGACAAUUCAAUUUCCCGAUACCCAACUUAGUAUCCAUAUGUGCGUUACUGGUGUGGCGUCCAGCCAACCCUGACGAUACGAUAACCAGGAUAAUGUUCCCGGGAUCAACGCCCCAACAUAAGAUAUUUGAGGGGUUAGAGAAACUUAAACAUUUAGAAUUUCUUCAAUACCCAACAUGCACCGGACGCCAAAUGGCAGCAGCAACAACCACAGUCACUGCCGCAACAACUACAGUCACGUCAAUUAAAACUACAACUAAAGCUACGCCUAAAACAAGCAAAGAAAAAAGUAUAAGUUCUGAAAAGAUGAAAGAUGAAAAAAUUAUGGAACCAGAACCUCCUCCAAAAGACAUGAAAGCUGAAGACAUAAAGAAUAUCAUAGAUAACAAACUUCUCAAUGAACUUGUAGAUGGAGAUGAUAAAAUUGAGUCUGUUUUAUGCGACACUAUAGCUGCAAGAUUAGAAACAAAAUUAGAUGAUAAGAUUGCUCAAUACGAGAGCACUGUGAUAGAUGGUUUGCCUAAGAAAAAGGAAGCUAAAAAGAAGACUGUAGAAAAGAAAACAAAACGUAUUGAUAAGACUGAUGAAGCUAAAGACUCUGUAAUUAAAGCCGAACUUAAAAAAAUUGAUGCCGAAACGAAACCUAAAGUUGAAAAGAAGAAAGUAGACACUCGAAAAGUUGAGAUGACAUCAUCAGUAACUAAAAGUAAAGUAAGUCAUCGUGCGAUACGAUCUGUUUCUGAAAAAAAGACAACUGUGGCUACAUUAGACAAAAAAUCAACAACGGAAGAAAAAAAAUCACCUCCUACAACACCUAAGAAAACACUAGAUACAAAAACGACUAGCACUGUAUCAGGCGUUAAGGAUAAAGUGAAAGUUAAAGCAAGAAAACUUAGCCCAGGAAGUACUACUGCUAAAAGCACUAAAGAAGCAAAGAAUCGUAUGGUUGUUGAAUCCAAAUAUAAGCAACUAUCUCCAAAACGUGACACAUCGGCGAAAGCAAUUGAGAAGAAAGAAACUAAAGCCAAACGGGAACCUAUCUCACGACGACCAAGACCUCUAUCAUCUCCAGUCAAAGGGCUUAAGACUAUGAAGAGCCCUUCUAAAUCGAUUAAAUCCACAAAAACUGAUACUUCUAAAUUAAAAGGCUUACAAAGAGUAAAUUAUGAAGAUAUCUUAAAAGAAGCAAAAAAAUCAGAUGAAGAUACGUCUAAAUCUCUUGAUGAUAUUAAACAACAAGAGUUAGAUGAAAGAGAAGAACAAGAAAUUGUAAGAGAAAUUGAAGCAGUAUUUAACAGAGACAUUGAAGCUGAAGAAAAAGUAGAAUUUGUAGGACGAUCUGAUAUUGAAAAAAUAACAUGCUUGAUUGAUGACACAAAGACUGAAACGACUGCCGACGGUGAAUUUGAAGAAGAAUAUCUUAUUAUUGAGAAAGAAGAAGUAGAUCAGUACAUAGAAGACUCAGUUGUUGACCAUGUAAGUAGUCAUGAACAUGCAGAUGAACUACAAAAACAUGUUAAAGACAAAGAAGAAUCAGAGAAGAAAAAAGAUGUAACAGUUUUAGAGACGGAAAAACCUGAAGAAACAAAAGCCAAGACUGAAGUAAUCAUUGAAAAAGAAUUAAAACAAGUUGAAUCUAAGGAACACUCAGUAAGUCUUGAAGAAAAACAAGAUGUUAGCAGUGAAAAGAAAACAUCAGAUAGUAAAAGUAUUCAAAAACCAAAAGAUUCUCUUGAAAUGCAGGUUCAAGAGUCUCAGCCGGAUGAAAAAAUUUCGACAACUAUUGAGUCUGGAGCUACUACAGCUCCGACUUUGCCCGAAGAUGAACGAAUUACUUUGGAUGACAUCAAAGAAGAUCAACAAAUAGAAGAGAAACAUAUACAAGAGGAAACUAAAGAACUAAUAGCUCCCCAAGGCCUAGUACACACAAAUAUAGUAUCCUUAGAAAAAAGUCCUAAACUUGAAUCAAUACCUGCACCAGUAAGAGAAAUUGUGAAAACUCCAGAUGAAGUAGCCGACUUACCUUUACACGAAGUAGUUGACUACAGGACAUUUGAAGACAAGAAAACCCCAGAAGAAGAAGGAAUUCAACGUAAAAUUUAUGAAGUUAAAGUACCUAAAGACCUUCCUAUCCCCGACCAAGAUGCAACUGUUCCUUAUCGAAUCAGAACUGUGGAAGACGAUAUAGUUCUUAAAACUGUACAACGUGCAUCUCAUGCUGAAUUAGUAACUGUAACACCAGGAUCUGCACCUGAAUCACCAAUGUAUCAUGAACAAAUUAAAGUUUCAGUCAUUCCUGAUAAAGACUUACAAACUGUAAAAGAAUAUGAUGAUACUGAUUAUAAUUAUGGUCAGUUUACUGAAAAAUUACGAGAAACCCAUAUCACCACAAUAGAUUCACCUAUCAAAGAUGAUAUUAUUGUUAUCGAAGAAGUCCCAUGUAUGCCUGAGAAAAUUCCAUCUAUACCUGAAGACGUUGAGAAAGAGAUCGAGGAAGCGCGUAAGUUGGAAUUGGCAGAAAAACCUCCACUAAGUCCAAAAGAUGUUGAAAAAAUAGUCGCUGACGUGGCCGAGGUGCUAAAAUCAGACAGAAGCUUAGAAGAAAUAAUGGCUGAGAAAUCCCCAUUGCUUAGCAAGUCACCAGAAGUCUUCAAUAAAAUGGACACAUCCCUUAGUGUCAUUGAAGCAACAAAAUUGCUGUUAUCAAGUGAACAGGAAAUCCAACAUGACUCUCGUAAAGAAAUCAAUAAAACAAAGAGCCUAGCAUCGAAAAUUGAGCUCGACAUCACUGAUACUUUACAGAAAGAAGCUUCUCCAGUACGAUCAAUAACGUCGGAAGAUGUGAGUGAAGUUUCUGAUAAAACUGUUCUUAGUGAAGGCAAAAGGAUAAAACGUGAGCUUUUAGAUGAAAAACCGGAACAAAAAUCUGUGAUAAAAACUGUCACUGAUGAAAUGGAAGCAGGAAAAAUGUAUACUGAGUCUCAUGAUUCUGUUCAUGAAUAUACCGAAUCAGAAAAGAAAGUAACGACAGCAUUAGAAUCUGCAAGAACACUUGAAAAAUUAGAAGAAAAAAUUGCAGAUUUAAAAAAGAAACCCCUUGUCAUUGAGACUGACAUUAAGGACAUUGAUAAAAAAUCCGCGGCAAAGGAAAUUAGCCCAAGCAAAGAAGUGCUCCCUAAGAAAACAUUAUUACAAAAAGCAGAAACUAAAGCGGAGAAGGUUGUGGGAAAAGUUUCAGCUUUGAAAGACGAAGUUUUUGGAUUUUUUAGUAAAAAGUCAACAGAAAAGAAAGAACCUAGUCCAGAAAAAGAUUUACUUGAUAGAAAAAAAGAUACUUCAGGUAAAAUAACGGACUUAUUGGGACAUAGUGAAAAGGAGUCAAGCCUAGUCAAAUCUCGCGAUGAGAUAAUUCCCGUAAAAUUUGAUCAAAAUACACAUAAUCUGAUUAAACUAGAUAGUAGAAGUGCAAGUGAACAGAAACAACAAGAACCAAAUUUUGUUUUCAAUGAAGACGAGGAAUUGUUCAUUGCUGAGCAAUUGAAAGACUAUGAACCUACUGGUCAACCUGAAGAACAUUCAUUUUCUCAAUUAACUACUCUCUCUGAGAACGAAAUUCUAAUAAAGCGGAAAACUACGAUCACCACUUUGAUUCAAGAAUAUUGUAAUACAACUAUGACGGUAACAAUUUAUAAAGUCACGUAUUUAACUACUGAAGAGGAUGAGCAGCUAGAUGGUAGCAAAACUAGCAGAACAAUUAGAAAGAUUUCUCUUGGCAAUGAAAGACCUAAACCUAAUCUUGAUGCUGAUAUUAAAAAAGAGGUGCUUAGUCUACAAAAGCCACACAGCACAGAAGUACUGCCCGAAAAGGCAGCAGAUGAAGAACUAUCCAGCCAACUACAUGCUGAGGUAGAACUCGCCUCAAAACCUAAUGAAAAGAAGAAAGAUAGCCCAAUGCUUAGAAAAACGACACCUAGUCCAGAAAAGGCAUUUAGCUUAGUAUCAAGUGAAGAGGACCACAGGUCUAGACAUAUGACUACUAGACGGACACCAAGCCCAGUGCCAAGUAAAGAGCUUGGCCCAACGUUAAGUAAAAAAGUGUCUAGUCCCGAGCCGACAGAAAAGGCCGCAAGCCCGGCAACGAGUGAAAAGGCGGUUAGUCCAGUCCUAAGUGAAACGUUAUUUAAAAAGGCACCCAGCAUAAUGCCAAGUCAAAAACAAAGUAUCUUGAUACCAAGAGAACAUAGUCCUACCUCAGAACCGACUGCCAAGUUAGAUCAAAAGACAUCAGGACCAGUGACUCGUGAAAAAGGUUUUAUUAAAACACACGAUAAAAAGUCUCCUAGCCCUGUACAAAGUGACGAAUCCCUUUACUCAGAGUCAGGUAUACAGUCAGCAUUUGAUAAUGAACAAGCUAUAGACGAACAACUUAAAGGAUUUAAAACGUAUGCUAAACCAGAAGAACAAACUUCCACACAGACGGUAACUUUAACUAUUGAAAAUGUUAUAAUUAUUAGAAAAAUAAUAACAAAAAUCGUGAUUGAAGAAUAUUUUAAUAUCAACAACACUAUAGUUCAAUACAAAAUCAUUAAGAUAAUAAUUGAAGAAGAUCAAAAUCCUGAUGGAACUACAACAAGUCGGACGCACCGCGUCGUCUCACUAUCCAAGGAUAAACCUGAAAUUUCGGAGCUUUUACGGAGCAAAUCUUAUUUGGAAGAAACAAAUGGAAAAAGUCCCACUGGACUGCUUGAGGAUGAGAUGAAACUCACUCGUGGAGAAGACUAUUGUGAUGAAGAUGGCUUCAUAAUUGAGAAAGGUCUGAUGGAUAGAGAUCAUAAAGUUGUUGCGUUAUCAGAAACUAAAAAGUCAAUGAAAGAUGAACUUGCAAUCACCAUCGAUAAAAAACCACUUAGUCCUGAAAUAUCUGAAGCUGUUCUCAACAGUGUUCCUGAAAAAGAACAUAGUCAAGAGAAGAAGGCUCAGACUGAAGAAGUGGAUCAAGAAAAACUUUUUGAACGUCUUGAAGAUGAUAUUUCAGAAACUGAAAUUGUUCGAGGCACAGUUGAUAUAACAAGCGACAAUGAAAUAGUAGACAUUAAAAGAAUCUUAAGCCCACUUUCGAGUAAAGAGGAUUCAAAACAAUUAAUAUCAGAAAAAGAUGAUGACGACGAAUCAAUUAAGGAACAUAAAACAAUUGUCACUAAGGAAACAAAUGAGUUGACCUCAAAUUUGAAAAUUGCUAAGGAUGUAAUAGACAAUAUUUGUAAAGAUACUAUGCUAGUAACAAGAAAAAUAGAACUAGAUGAAAAUCUAAAAGAGGAUAUCGUUUUUGACAAACUUGAUGAAAAGCAAGUAGGUUUAGAAAAAGAUAUUCUAAAAAGAAAAGAAUGUGCCUCAGAAAUCGAUGGUGAAGUAAAAAAAGUGUCAUCGUUCAUAGUCAAAGCUACUCCAGCUAUAGACGCUACAAUAAAAUUACCAGAACUGGAAACUCUUAGUAAGUUAGACCAACCUGAAAAGCCUAAAACAAAAGAUAAAAUGAUUGAAGCUUUAAAGUUAGAAAACGGACAUCUUGAACCAAGCCAUCUCAGUGAAGAAAUGCCAAGUGAGAUAUCACCCACCCUGAAUAAGAAAUUAAUAAGCCCAGAGUCAAGAAAGGAAAUACUAAUUGAAAAAGUAGUUACCCCAGAACCAAGAGAGGAGUUGAGUGAAAAGGCACCAAGUGCAUCAGCAAGUUAUAUAACGGCAACUGAGAGCCCCAUUCCAAGCGAGAAAUCACCAGGUGAAGAGCCAUUAGAAUCUGCAACAACUGAGAAGGAACCGAUCAAGGAGACCCCUGAUAGGGUCCCAAGUGAGAAAUCACCAGGCGACCAGCCGCAAGAGCCUAUUACAAGUAAGAAAGAACUAAUCGAAGACACUCCUGUUGAGGCUCGAAGUGAGAAGGAACCAAGAGAUAAGGUAACCAGUCCCGUUCCAAGCGAGAAAUCUUUAGUUGACCAUGCAUUAGAAUCUACUGCAACUCAGAAGGCACCAGUCAAGGAGACUCCUGUUAUGGCUCCAAGUGAGAAAGAGCCAAGCGACAAGGCACACAGGCACGUUCCAGAUGAGAAGUCACUAGAAGACAAACUACUUGAACCUGUUACGAGUAAAAAGGAAACAGUCGAUGAGACAGUUAUUACGAUUCCAAGUGAGAAAAUGCCAAGCGACAUAAAACUCAGCCCCGUUCCAAGCGAAAAAUCUCCAGGUGAUAAACUAUCAGAAGCUAUACCGAUUAAGAAGGAGCCAGUUAAGGAGACUCCUAUUAUGGUUCCAUAUGAGGAGCCAAGUGAGAAGGCAUCAGGCCCCGUUCCAAGCGAGAAAUUAGCGGGUGAUACAUUAUUAGAAACUGUAACGACUAAGAAGGAACCAGUCAAGGAGACUCCUGUUUCGAUUCCAAGUAAGAAGGAGCCAAGCGACAAGGCACACAGCCACGUACCAAGUGAGAAAAUACCAGAAGACAAACAACUUGAGUCUAUUAUGAGUAAAAAGGAAACAGUCGAAGAAGCAGUUGUUACGAUUCCAAGUGAGAAGAUGCGAAAAGACAUAAAAGCCAGCCCCGUUCCAAGCGAGAAAGCACCAGGUGACCAGCCACUGGAGCCUAUUACAAGUAAGAAGGAACCAAUUAAAGAGACUCCUGUUGAGGCUCGAAGUGACAUGGUUUUAAGUGAGAAGGAGCCAAGUGAGAGGGCACCCAGCCAAGUUCCAACCGAAAAAUUACCAGAAGUCAAACCAAUAGAGCUUAUUACGAGUAAAAAGGAACCCAUCAAAGAGACUCCUGUUAAGGGUUCAAGUGAGAAAGAACCCAGCGACAAGGCACCCAGCUCCGGUCCAAGCGAAAAAUCGCUAGGUGACCAGUCACUUGAAGCUAAAAGUAAGUUGAUAUCUCUCGAGAAGACACCACUUACGAUUUCAAGUGAGAAAGUGUUAAGCGACAAAUAUCCUAGCCCCACCCCUAACGAGAAAGAACUACUCCAGAAGAUAUCGACUGCAACUCCAAGUGAAAAGGAGUCAAGUGACGUAGAAUCCAGCCGCGUUCCAAUUAAUGAAGUGGCUGAUGAAAAGUCACCAAGCCCUGUUCUCAGUAAAAAAUUUAUAAGUGAUGAUGUUGCAGACAGACUUAUAACGGAAAGAGAAAUUGAAUCAGAUGACAUUCAAGAAAUGGAAAAGAAAUUGGAAGGAUUUAAGGCUGUUGGUAGUGAAAAAGAGUCCACAAUUACUAGAAAUAUUACGGUUAUAGAAAACAACAUUUCAAUAAAAAGAAAAUUAGUUAUAACGACCAUACUACAAGAAUUCCGUUGUAUCACCAAAAGCACAACUAUUUACAAAAUUACCACUGUAACUGUUGAAGAAGAUAGUCUUCCUGAUGGAUCUAUAAUUACAAGAACAUCAAAGAAAACAUUACUUUCUGACAAACCGACCGUGGAAAUUAUCAGCACAUUACCCCUUGACAAAGUUCCUAACCUAAUUGAGAAAACUUUAUUUGAACCAGAACUGUAUCCUAGUGAGAAGGAGCCAAGUGACAAGGCACACAGCCCUGUUCCAAGCGAGAAAUUACCCGCUGAUGAACCAUUAGCAUCUUUUGUGACGACCAAGACGAAACCAGUCGAAGAGAUUCCCGUUACAAUAAAAAGUGAAAAGUUGCCAAGCGAUACAAAACCCAGCCCUGUUAGUCCAUCACCUAGUGAAAAGUUACUACUUCCUAUUGACAAAAUACCUGAACUUAUUGAGAAGGCCCAUAGUAACGGAGUACCUUAUCCUAUCACAAGUGAGAAAGAAACAAGUGAUAGAUCACCAAGCCUUGUUUCUAGUGAGAAAACACUAAGCGAUGGGACACCAAGCCCUGUAUCGAGUGAAACACUGCCCAACGGUAAAUUAUCUUUACCAAGGCCAGUCCAACAAGACAAGGAUACAUCUGGUCAAGUUGAGGAAAUUCAACUGACAACAGAUGAAAAUCAAGAAAUAGAUAAUUUACUAAAAGAAUUUGAAGCUAUUGGGAAUUUAGAAGAAACUACGACUUCCAAAAAUUUCACUGUUACAGAAAACAGUGUAACCAUCAAACGAAAAUUGGUUAUAACGACUCAAGUACAAAGAUUCUAUAGUGCCAUCAAGAAAAUAACGAUGUAUAAGGUUAUCACCAUAAGUGUUACAGAAGACGAACAUCCUGAUGGGUCUAAAGUUACUAAAAGAACAAAGAAUGUUUUACUUUCUGAUAAAGCACCGGAAACUAAUGAACUCAGCCCUCAUGUAAGUGACGAAGUUUCAUUUAGCGAGGUGCCAAAAGAAGUUUCGUGUGAAAGUGAUAAGGCACUCAGCCCUGGUCCAAGUAAGAAAGUUUCUGACACAUUAGCUACCUGUGUUACGAGUGAGGAAGAACCACAUGAUAAAGUAUCAACUGCUACUCUAACUGAAAAGACACUGAGCGAAACGACACAUAGCCCAGUUGCGAGCCCAAAGGUGUCGGAUGAUAAAUCACAUAGCUCUAUUUCAAUCGAAAAGAUACCAGCUGAUCAAAAAACAAGUUAUAUUCUAAGUGAGAAAACCUUAAUCGACCAAGAUAGUACCUCGAUCGUUGGUGAGCAACUACAAGUGCUCAGCUUAGUUUCAAGCACAAAGCCAACAAGCCCUGAUUCAACUGCAAAACUACCUAGUCAAAAAACAACUGAGGAAGUAUCACAAGACAAAGCAUAUAGCCCUACUCCAACAGAUUUAACACCAUCGGGAAAAACAAGCGUUCCCGAAUUAAGUGAACAUGGACCAAGUGGCAAGCCGUCUAGACCAUUUGCUAUUGACAAGAAACUAGAAGAGAUAAAGGCCAUACCAAAUGGCCAGAUUCCUAGUCUUAGUGAUAAGUUACGAACAGAGAAGUCUGGUGUAACUAAAAAAGAAAGUGAAACAAUUUCUAAGGACGAUGAAAAAGAUAUUGAUGAAAAGGAACUUAGUAAACAACCUCAUGCAGAAUAUAUGAUUAGUAAAUCAGUGGAUGUAGUACCAACUAAAACAUUAGAAAAAUCUGUUGACGAAAGCACUGAAGUACAGGAUAUUGAUACUGACGUUUAUGAGGAUGGUGAAUCGAUAAGCGAAGAUAGUCAAAUUAUUGACUUAAGAAAAGAUUCUCAAGUUACGAUGACAAAAUUAGACUCAUUACAAAAGUUCCCAAAUCAGACAGAGCCUGUUGAUGCACACUAUAAAGUGAAAAGGUCUGUUAUAGAGGAAAAACCUGAUGAUGACAGUUUGACUGAUACUCUUUCUCAUAAACCUCACGGUAGCAGCUCAGAAGAUGUGUCUAAGGAAGUAAGUCUUGAAGAAAAAUAUAGCUUUGAGGGCACUGAGAAAUCAGAAAAGAAAUCGACGCAAAAAGACUAUGCCACAACCCAAAAGGUUGAUUCUAUGUCAAGUCUCGAUUCCCUUACUCAGACUUUAAAACAAUACGAUUCGAAAGUUGACAAAGAUAAAACAGAGGAACCAGGUUCACCCAGGGAUGAAAUCCUACAGUCUGAAGCAUCAGAUUCUGGAGUUCAUAGUAUACCAAUAGAAGUAGACUCUACAGGGCAAAUGGAUACCACUGUUACGCGGACUAUUAAAGAUAACGCCGUAAAUCUAAUGGAAUCAAUACAUAAAGCCUUUGGUGAAGAAAUCGUACAGCAAGGUAUCAAGACAGAAAGCUUAGAGUCCUUAGUUAGAGUGUCUACUCCACCAACAGUCCCCGUUAGCCCAUUACCAAAGACUCCGAGUGGCUUCCAAGAUGUAAAAAUGAGUGACGGAGUUCAAAGCGAAGUUACGUAUGAUAAAUCCGAUGGUAGUGAAGAGAUAAUUACUAAAGUGGUUCAUGUUGGAGAGGAUGUUCUAACACAACGUAUUUCAACUUCUACAGAGAAAGCUCCUAAAAAACCAAGCGCUCUUAUUGAUGAGGAUGCAGACAUUUUAACCCUAAUGCAAACUAUGGGAAAAAUUAAGACUGAAACUGACACUGUAACAAAAAUUAUCAAAGAAGGUGAAAAUGUUGUUACUCAGACAAUCACAACUGUAACCACUAAAGAAGUGAUAUCAAGGGAAGAUGGGACACCACAAAAUAUCAAAACGACAAUAGAAACCACUACACUGAGCAAAGGUGCUGACGGAACCACGACUACUACAACAGAUACACAGACAUUGCUUUCAGAAUGUUCUUCUAGCCUGCGAUCUACCUCUUCGAUGGAUUUGUACGCCAAAGAUAAAAUUGAGAAAGAAUAUUUAGACAUUGAUGAAAAGUUCGAAAUGAUGAACUUACCUGAUAAGCGCGAGCCUUCUAUACCUAUAGAUGUAGAUUCUGAUUUUAAAUCUUUUAUAAGUGAAUCUGAGGAAACUGAUGACGAUGUUGAAGAUACUAUAAUUGACACCGACGUCAGUAAACGAAUCAUUCGUGAAAAGAACAUUGAUAUCAUUGAAACAAUAAUAACAGUAACUAAGAAAGAAACUGUUAGAAUUAGUGAUUGUAAGAAAUUAAUUCGCACGACAGUUGAAACCACGAUUACAAAAGAAUAUCCUGACGGAUCCAGGGACGUACAAAAAAAUGUUGAAGUAAAGACCGAAGAGCUUCUACUUGAUUCUGGUAGCAACUUAGAUAAAAUACUCAGCGAAUAUGUUAUAUUUGGAGAGCCCGAAGAAAGUGUGUCUACCAAGACAGAGGAAUUAAAACAAGAUAAUCACCUUAUUAAACGUUCUUUUGUUACAAGGAUUGUAAAAGUUAAGUAUGCUGAUAAUAGAGGAGUGCCUAGGAAACUUAAAACAACAACAGUAAUUACUACUACCGAUGACUAUCCCGAUGGUUCGUCACGCACAAAGGUAGACAGCAGUACUUCAUUGACAGAUAUUGACAAGGAAACCGUAGAAAGUCCUGAACUUGAGGAAUUCACAAUAAUAGAAAACAAAUCUAUAGAAUCUGAAAAACAAGAUAAAACUGUACUUAUUAACGGUAAAAAUGUGCUGCAAAUUAUAACUGUAACUACUACUAAAGAAACGUUAGCUAAUAUAGAUAGAAGUAAAAGGAAACUAAAGACAACUGUGGAAACAGUGACAGAAACUAUGCUUCCAGACGGUAUGACAGAAGUAACUAAAGACGUCAAGAUAUCACUAUCAGAUGUUGGCAUCGACACUCUAAAAGAAAAUCUAGAAGGUUUUAAACCUAUUGGCAAACCGAAAGAAGAUACAACUAUGAAAUCUGCAACUAUUAUUGAAGAUGGUGUUUCAAUUAAAAGGAAAACAACUAUCACAACGAUUACCUCAGAAUAUAUUAAUGUAUCUAAAAGUAUUAAACGUACCAAAACAAUAAUUAAAACAGUUUUAGAAGAUGAGCAUCCAGAUGGCUCUGUAAUUACAAAGACAAAUGAAAAAAUUUCACUUUCGGAUGAAACUCUUGAUAGAACCACAGAAUGUGAAGAAAGAGAUCGUAAAGAAAAAGAACUUGAAUCACAACUUAAGGAACUUUGCCCUCUAGAAGAACCUGAGAUAACUGAAUCGGUGAAAAGAGAAGAAAUAAAAGAUCAAACCACAAUAAUUCACCGGACUAUAAUCACAAGGGUAGUAAAAACGAAAUACUGUAAUAGUCAAGGUAUAGCAUGUAAGCUCAAAAUUGUUACAACAACUAGCACUACCGAUACAUAUCCUGAUGGUACCACCAAAACCCAAGUUAAUGUUAGCACAGUAGUUACUAACAUAAUUUCUGAAGAUACUUUAACAAGCACACAUGUACAAAAAGAUGAAAAUAAAUUAUCCCAAAUAAGUAAAAAAGAGUUGCCCGAAACUACUGAUUCUAUUAAAUCUGAAAUUUCUCCUGAAAAAGAAAUACCCUUAGAAGAGGAACUGGAUGGUUUGGAUGAAAGUGCUAAGAUAGAUAAUGCUUUAAGAGAAUUAACCGUACAUAGGGAACCAGACGAAAGUGAAUCUGUUGAGACAAUCGAAAUAGUAGAAAAUAAUACUGUAAUCAAGAGGAGUAUUACAACCAGAAUUGUAAAGACGACAUACGUUGAUAAGGCAGGCAAACCAAGAAAACUCAAAAUCGUUACUACGGUCACAACAACGGACAAUUUCCCAGAUGGUUCUGCACGAACAACUGUAGAGGGUAGCACGACAGUUACAGAUAUUGAACCUGAACUCUCUGACACUAUUGAAGAAAAUCUGGAAGGUUUCAAUACCACCGGUACUCCUAAUGAAGAUAUAACAACACAUGAAGAAAUCGUAACUGAUAAUGGAGUCGUUGUCAAAAGAAAAACUACUAUCACGACUACAACACAAAAGUACACAAAAGAAAAUGUAAUACGAACUAAAACUACAGUCAAGACCGUUACCGAAGACGAACAUCCUGACGGGUCAGUCAUUACAAAAACUAGCGAGAAAGUUUCAUUGGUAGACGAAUAUGUAGAAAACCUGAAUGAAGACAAGGAGACGACUGAAAAUAUUAAAAUAGAGGCCGCACUGAAAGAUUUGAUCCCUACCAGUGAACCUGAGGUAACUGAAGUCGUUGUAACAGAAAAUAUUAAAGAAAAUCUAAUAACUAUAGUUAGAACUAUUACAACUAAAACUGCUAAAACCAGGUACGCUGAUAAUUUAGGCGUUUUGAGAAAACUAAAAGUAGUAAUAACAGUAACAACAAUUGACAAGUACCCUGAUGGUUCUCUAAGAAAAACUGUUGAUACAAAUACUUCAAUUAUUGAUGUGGAGUCUGCUGACUUAGUGAAAGGUCAAGAUCUUAAGGAAUACCCAGAAUUAGAAGAUAAAAUUGUAAAUGUAGAUACUCAGGAAAAACUAGAAAUCAGAGAUGGCAAACAAGUAAAACAAAUAAUUACUACUACUACUAUAAAGGAAACCCUUUCAUCUGUAGACGGUUCAAGGAAAAAAAUUAGGACUACGGUUGAGACCGUAACUGAAACUAAAUUACCAGACGGUUUAACCGAAGUAACAAAGGAUGUUAAAGUCUCAGUGGCUGACUAUGGCGUUGAAACAUUUGAUGAAAAUCUUACAGGUUUUACUGAAUUAGGUAAACCAGAAGAAUCCACUACAACUGAUACAAAAUCUAUUGUAGAAAAUGGUAUAACAAUCUUAAGAAAGACAACAAUUACAACUGUUAGGCAAGAAUUUGAGAAUGCUUCUAUUAGAUCUAGGAAGAUAAAAACCACUGUCAAAACUGUCAUUGAAGAUGAACACCCAGACGGAACAGUGAUUAUCAAAAAGAGUGAAAAAGUUUCUAUAGCUGAUGUAAUUUUGAGACCUUCCGGUACAUCUGAAAGUGACACACAACCCCCCGAAUCAUACAUAGAUGGCUCUGAAAUUGUAGAAGAUACUACUGAAGAUUCGGAUGUCAAAAAUGAAGUAAUUCAGCAAGGUUCACUUACUAUUAAGAGAACAAUCACAACAAAAACUAAGCGAGAAACGCUUGCUAGUACAGAUAAGAAUAUUAAACGUGUACGGACUACCGUUGAAACUGUUACGGUGGACGAGUUUCCUGAUGGGUCUACUGAAACGACAAAAGACGUAAAAAUAACAAUUUCUGAGUUCCAGAAGACUUCUGAUAGUGAUUUACAAGCUGCAUUACAGGGUCUAACAUCGACAGGUAAAGUGAAAACGUCAGUCGAUAAGAAAACAAGUCUUAUCUAUGAACAAGGAGAAAAAGUUACUCAAACAAUAACUACUUACGUGACGAAAGAAGAACUAAGUAACAAUGAGACGAAUGAAAUUGCAGUUAAAACAGUAACAGAAACUAUUACAGAAAACGCGAAAGAUGAUGGUUCCAUUGAAACAACCAAAGACGUUCGCACACAAAUCACUUACCUUCCUAUAGGCACUGGCCUUGAUGAUUGGUCUCCAGAAGAAUUAGCAGAAAUAGAAAAACAACCUGUUGUACAAGAAGAAAAACAAGUUUUAGAUGAUAAACCAGUGUUUGCACAAUUACACUUGGGAUCAAAAGAUGAUAAAAAAUCUACAGAGAAACUAAAGAAACAACGCUCACCUGUGGGAGAAAUCACUACUGACACAGAAACAUUUACAAAGGUUAUAAACGAAGGUGACAAUGAAAUCACACAGACAAUCACCAUAGUUACUACUAAGGAAGUCAUUAGCCCAGAAAAAAUAAAAAUUACAGUUGAAACAACAACCGUUAGCAAAGGAAGUGAUGGAAUAACAAAAACAACAAAGUCAACCAAGACAACUAUAUCAGAGUUUAAAGAAGAAUUUGAAGAAACCAUUGAUAAAGGAGAAAGUGAAAAAUCCUUUUCUAAAAUGUCAACCAAAACUAGUGACAUGAGAAGCUCAUCAGCGGCAAGUGAUGAUUUUGAUCACCACGGUAUUUCAUCACCACCUUCUGAUAUCAGUUCAAGAGGUUCAAGAGCGGCUACUCGUGUAUGGGGCACAGAAAGUAGCGGUGUGUACUACAGUGAUGAUGAUGGUCCCGGAAGUCCUAGCAGUACAAAAUCACAAAUAGCUCACUCACCUAGAUCUAAUUUAAGUUUUGAAUUAGAUUCUACAAGAUCACAACUGGACCAAUUAGAAAAACAGGACUCUACGUUAUAUAGAGAGCAAAUGUCAACAUCUAGCUAUGAAAAAAAAUUAAACGAUGAAUUACGGUCAUCAAUAACUCAUACAGAACAUAAGUCUGAAGGGCACACUGGAAAAACUGCCACACAAAUAACUGAAGACUUUUUGUCUAAAGAAAAAAUGGGUCACUUAAAACAAACUGACGUCACUUUCUUAAAGGAAGCUGAUGAACAUUUCGAAAAAGCUAUCGAAGAACACAAAAAAGUUAGUGGUCCUGAAGUAAUUUCAAAUAUUACAGCCAAAUAUAAACUAGAUAAGAAAGUCCAUUCCAUUUCAAGUCAGUCUUCGAAACAAGAAAGCGCGAUUACACUAAAAGAUCUGAAAACAGAAAUAAAGAAAGGAUCCGAGAGCAGUUCAACAAGCAAGCAGGAAUUGAAACAAACGAGUGACACGCGAACAUCGAACGACCCUAUCGAGUCAUGGGGUAAGCCACUAGGUUUACCUAGCCCAAUUAUGCCGACAACACAAGCCGACAGCAAGAAUACUCCUAAGAAGCAAGCUAGUGCAACUGUACUCAACAAGAAUAAAAUUAAUCAAGAGAAAAGUAAAGAAGCGAAGAGAUCUUCUGAGUCUCCAAAUAAAAAGAAAGCUCCAGCGCCGGUAUAUAUGGAACUAACAUACGUACCACAUCACGGCAAUUCUUAUUAUUCCGCUGUAGAAUUCUUCAAACGAGUCCGCGCACGUUACUACGUAUUCUCUGGCACUGAACCAUCAAAGGAAAUCUACAACGCCUUGUUAGACGCCAAGAAAACUUGGGAAGAUAAAGAUUUAGAAGUAACAAUAAUCCCAACGUACGACACCGACGUCCUUGGCUACUGGGUGACAGAGAACGAGGAAGCACUUGAGAAAUACAAGAUUGACCUCUCGCCAUCCGCUUCCCGUUGUACCAUCAAUCUUCAGGACCACGAGACCUCGUGUGCUGCCUACAGACUAGAGUUCUAG